GGUGUUUACAUUUAGCUGCGCCUGAGUUGGGAAGUCGUCGUUGUCAUCCACUUUUUCCUCUUUUGUCCCUUCCUUGUCCUUCCCGCGGCCCAACACGCACGCUGAUGAGGAGCCACGACCUGCCGCAGUGACCAGCCUCAUCAUGGGUGACAGCAGCCAGUCGUGCCGGGGCUUUGAGACGCCGACCCUGGGGAACGACCUGUGGCCCAUGGGGUUUGAUGUGGACCUGGCCCUGGAUGCCCCGGGUGUCCGCAAGGGUCCCGGAGGCGGCCUGGUGUCUGGCAGCCUGGGCGGCGGCAGCGGCGGCCUGAACUCCAUGCCAGCCGUGGGCGGCGGGGGUGUGGGCGGCGGGUAUGGGGACAUGCACCACCUGUCGGGCCUGUCCUCCAUCCUGCCACGCUUCGACGACCUGCACCCCGGGGACAUCUGCCAGAUGACAGACCUCACCAACUCCCUGCCCAAGGGAGACAGCGAGACUGCCCAGAGCCUGCUGGCCAAGCUCACCUGCCAGGAUCUGGGCCCUGACCUGUCGUCCGGCACCGACCCCAGCCACAAGGAGCUGGAGUCAUCCCUGUUCGAGCAGGCCCCAGCUGGCAUGGCCCCGGGACACUCUAGCUCUGGCCCGGGCAUGGCCGUGGCUCACAAGGCGCCGCUGGAGUCCGCUGACGUGUAUGGGCGGAUCACCUGCUUUGGGGGCAAGCUAGUGCUGCAGCUGCGGCACAUUAACGUCAACACCAACUACACCCUCAAUGUGAGCGUGUGCUGGCUGUGCGGGGAGAAGGUGAGUGCCGGCUCCCAGCUGUGCACCCACAAGCACUCCCUGCAUGGCAUGUUCCAAGCCAACGAUGAGUAUGUGCAGCUGGACAUCGAGCACUACAUCAUCCCUGACCAGGCCCUCGACCCCCCCGCCCCCCAGGACGUGGCUCCCGCUGUCCUGUCCCACCCCGACCCCUCCGGCCUGCACCACGACCUGGCCGCCCCCCGGGACCUGGAGCUGCCGGGGAACUUGGCGGGGAGCAGCAACCCCCUAGCCAUUGGCGGGGGUGGGGCAGCACUGCAGUAUGGCGGCGGCCAGGACACCCCCAUGGUGCCCCCCCUCACCUCGGCACCUAACCUGAUGACACCCACCCAGAACCUGAUGAGUCCGGCGGUGCAGGCGAACCCCUCCUGCAUGAACCCCUCCUUUGGCCAGCUGUCCCUGCCCGCCAUGCCCAUCACCUCCAACCAGCCCACUCUCACCCCGGACCUGACGGGCAUGGCGGCUGCCAGCCUGCCACAGGUCAGCCAGCCACUGUGCUCCGCCAACACCCCCAUGUUUGACCUGGCCCACCCUGACUCAGCGCCCGCCAUGGUUGCCGCCUCCCUCAGUGACACCAAGGCCCCCAUCCAGGCUGGCCAGAUGGCCGUAGCCAGCAGCAGCUACUCCCUCGGCAAUAACCUGAACAGCUUCCCUGUAAAUAACCAUCUGGACACAACCGCCCUGCACCCCCAGCCGACCCCCCACCGGGAGGUGAUGCCCAGGAAGCACCUACUGCCCUACCACACUACACAAUUCAUGGCCACCGCCGGGGACUACACAGGCCACGCCCCAGACAUGGCCGCCCCGGAGAAGCACACGGAGGUGCAGUGUCUCACGCCUCUGCACACUGUCACCACCACCUUUGACGUGCGGCUGCAGCGGCAGGAGUUCCCGCCCAGGAAGGCAGAGACAGGCGCCAAGAAGAGGAAGAGCCGGGCACAGAGGAAGCCCAGUGUCAUACAGAUGAAGGACUUCACCAAGGCAGACCCCAGCGAGGCCAUGCAGAUGAAGCCGUUCAGCAUGGAGCCCAUGGAGGCGCUGCCCCAAAAAGUGUACACCUCAGAGCCCCUGCCCGGCCUGCAGGCCAAGACAGAGCAUGGUGUGGCAGCUGGCAGGCAGCUGGUGCGGCCUGACGCCAGCAUUGACGACUGGCUGAAGCACAACCUGCAGGGCGGAGACCUGAUGGUGACAGAUGGCGGCAUCAAGCCUCCUAUGGUGGAGCAGAAGUACAACCCACCGGAGGCCAAACCUGAGGAGCAGAAGGCUGAGGACGGCUGCAGCAAGCCAGACCCACAGCUGUCCCCCUCUGCUGAGCCCCGGGAGCCGGACCAGACCUCCCGGCUGGCGGCACACAUGCUGAGCAAGGGCAUCGACCUGCUGUGCCGCCUGUGCUCACAGGACUUUGGGAAGGACAUCCAGAAGUACAAAAUACACAUGAAAGAGCACGGGGUGGAGGAAAUGUCCUUCUUUGCCUGCUACUUCUGCCCCAAGACAUUCGGCAAGGGCAAGCACUACCGCCAGCACCUCAAGACGCACAUCAGGACGCGGAGGUUUGCGUGCCGCCUGUGCACUGCCAGCUACAGCCGCGAGGCAAAGCUGAGGCGCCACGUGCUCACCCACAGCCAGGACCACCAGACCAAGGAGUACAAGUGUUCCAAGUGCCCCAAGUCCUUCAUCACCAAGGAGUACCUGCACUCACACAUGAAAAUCCACGCCGGGAAGAAGUUCAAGUGUGAGACCUGCGGGUACCUGUGUUCCUCGCCCUUCAACCUGGAGACGCACCGCAUGAAGCACACCGACGUGAAGCCCUUCAAGUGCGAGCAGUGUGAGAAGACCUUUGUGCGGCGCGACUUCCUGGACAAACACAUGGAGCAGGUGCACAAGAACAAGAAGAGCAAGUGUGAGGUGUGCGGCAAGCUGUUCUCUAGGAAGGACGUGCUCAAGAGGCACCUCGCCGUGCACAACAACAAGACCUACGACUGCGAGAUCUGCGCCAAGAAGUUCUCCCGCAAGGACCGCCUGGCCACGCACAGCAAGGUGCACAAGCUGCGCACAGACUACAAGUGCUCCCUGUGUCCCGCCUCCUUCACGCGGAAGAACGUCCUGGACAAGCACGAGAGGAUCCACAAGACCAAGGAGCAGUGUAAAGUGUGCCACAAGUUCCUGGCCUCCAAGAGCAGACUGGAGAGCCACAUGAAGCUGCAUGAGAAGGAGAGCUCCGGCAGCGGCUCGCAGGAGGGCAGCGAGGGCAUCGUGAAGUGUGAGAUUUGCGAGAAGUCCCUCACCAGCAAGCACAUCCUCAGGAAACACAUGAAGGUCAUCCAUGGCAAGUUCCCUGAGAGGAAGAAGAAGAAGAAGGUGGAGGGAGUGGUGGAGAGGGAGAAGAAAUUUGUGUGCCACUGGUGUUCCAAGGGCUUCACUCGGAGCUGUAACCUCAACACCCACCUCUUGAAGGCACACAGCAAGGACCUGGAGGAGGAUGAGUUUGAGGACAACCUUUCCUCCACCCUGCAGCCUCCUAAGGGACAAGGGGACAAGGAGGAGAAGCAGGGGAUCACCACCACACCUUCCCCUUCCACCAGCCUCCCUGCCACAGCCUCCUACCACAGCUUCUCCACCUCAGACUCCCUCCACGGCUCCAUCACCACCGUGGGGGGCAGUGUGGCAGUGGGCACCACCUCCACCACAUUUCCCCUGCCAGCUGUGAGUCUUCCCACCUCCACCCUGUCUCCCACACAGACGCCGGAUCCCCCUGCACCCCUCCAGCUGUCCUCGUCACACUUCCCCACCUCAGCGCCGCCAGAUUCCCCCAUUAAUUUGUCAACAGAUGCUAUCACCGCCGCAGCCUAUCUCCUGGCCUACCCAUCAUAUCCAUACUAGCCUCUGCCUCUCCCACUGUAAGGACACAAUGCCCAUCACUUGCCAGGCCCCAACAGGCAAGUUUUGGGGGUGAUUUGAAUGACAUUUAAGUUUCUUUGUGAUGGGGAUACCAAAGAUGCCGUUUAUAUUUAACGAGUGAUCUGUGACAAAACUCCAUGACAGUAUUUUGUUGUGUUUCUCUUAAAGGUGGCAUUGCAUUUUUUUGGUUUUGUUUUGCUGUUACUUGAAAUCUUUUUUGACAUAACGUUUCCUGUUCCUGUGUCAGCGUGUGGCUUUGGCUUAAUGUUCACUAUGAUGGCUGGGUGGGGAAGGAGGCAUCAGUGAAGCACGCAGUGGGGAAAGUGGUACAAGAGUCACACUGAAGGAAAAGUGGUGUUAAUGUGACUGAAAUAUUCCGGUCAUGUGGAAAAGAAGAGAAAAGGUGAAUCUUGCCACUUAUUAACCAAACACACUUCACUAAGAGGAUGAAAAGUGGGAAGUUUGAUGAUCAUUGUGUAUGUUGAGGGAACAGUGGAUGUGUGUCACUGUGGAGGCAGAGAGAGGCAAGACUGAGGUGCUGUAGCCAGAAGGUGAGGGAUGAGGGGUGCGUAGGAGGGAGGUGGCCGGAGUACAUCCACCAGGAGAACAGGGAGACCAAAGAGAAGGUUCAUAGAUGCGUUGAAGCAAGACAUGUGGGUAAUGGAUGUAAAUAGAGGAUGAAGAAGACAGAGGAAGGUGGGGAAAGGUGCUGUGCUGUGGCAAAUUCCAGUGAAAGGUUUGCAUUGAAGGAAUAAUGGACUGCAAAGUGUCAUAACCAUAAAAAAUGAAUAGGGAAAGAUGUCAUUGGCAGAAAGAGGUAAUUUACUGUGUCAAACCCUAUUGGGAAGUUUGUGAAGGAGGGAAAAAAGAAUGCAAAGUGUCAUAAUGUAAAAAAAAAAAAAAAGGGUGAAUAAGAGAAGUAAUUUGAUGAAGAAAGGUGAUCCACUGUAGCAAACCCUAUUGGCAAGUUUGCGAAGGAGAAAAAUGGGCUGCAAAGUGUCAUAACCACCCCCGCCAAAAAAAAAAAAGUGAAAAAGAAAUAGAGAUAAAGAAAGGUAAUUUAGUGUAAUCGGAAGUUUGUGAAGAAAAAAAGAACUGUGACAUGUUAUUACCAAAACAACUGAAUAAGAAGCAAUUACUAGUUACACAAAAGCAAUGGUGGUGGUGGCAGUGCUGAAAAUCAAACACCCAAAUAUAAAACUGUCACACUUCUGCCAUUUCUGUCACGCACCAGCCAGAGAAUUCAGAGAGAGGCUUGGACGCUGAUCCCUGUGGUGCAGAGAAGUGGUGGAGGGAGGCCCCAAUCUCAUUAAUUUUAAGCCUUAUGAGUAAUACAUUUAUUCUUCCAAAAGUGAGUAUCUGUGGUCUAAGUUAUAGUUACACCCCCCAUACCUGGCUGGAACACACCUGCAUGAAUCUCAAGCUAACAAGGGAAUGUGGUAGUGGCAGAGGUGUGGUGUGUCUGCUAUUCAAGAACCUGGUGUGUGAAUGUGUGUGUAUGUGUGUCAGUAUCGUAAAAAUAUUAAGGAACAUGGUUAAGAUAUCUGAGAAUUUUAGUUUGUGUUUGUGUGUAUGUUUGUGUGUGCGCCCAGCGUAUUAUGAACACCGUUGUUAUUUCCCAUGUUUUGUCACGUUCCUGUAAUUGUGUGAAAUCAUGAAUUGUGUGUGUUCUUAGUAUUCACACCUAGUCAGCUGAAGAUCUUUGUGUGUGUGUGUGUGUGUGUGUGUGUGUGUGUGUGUGUGUGUGUGUGUGUGUGUGUGUGUGUGUGUGUUUCUUCCUGACCACAAAACACUUCCCAACUCUAUUUUUAUUCCCUCCAAAUUGUUUUUUUUUAUACAUAACUUAAAAUUUGUACAGAAGAGGAGUUUUAUUUUACUAUUAUAAUGCAUUUUUUUUAUUUGCUAGGUUUUACUUAAAAGCGAUGUAUGUAUGUAUGUACGUUUGAGGUUUAUAGUUAUUCAGUGUGAAAAUGAAAACAAAAAAAUAGUUAUAACUUAAAAAAGAAAAAACUAUGAAAAAGAGAAGAAAAAAAUGCCUAUAACUCUUAUACAUCCAAAGUGCAAACUCUUGCUCUUAUAUAUAAUAGUUAUACCCCAAUAUACAUUUUUCCCAAUGCUAGGAAUGCUGAGGACUGAAGGUACUACUACUUUAUUUUCAGAGGUAAAAUCUAAGCUAAAUAUAAGGUGAGAUAGAAGUGGAAGGAGAUAUUCUUGUGUGUGUGUGGUGGUGGUGGUGGUGGUGCAGGAGGGGGUGUGGUGUGUGCCUGCUGAGUGUCUCCAAUUUCCAGAUGAGAGGAAUUCACCCAUUCACUGCUUGGCUCAUUGAUCACAUCACUUUCAGACUUUUCUCUCGUUUUCACGGCCGUCUUCAAAUACCGGGUACAAAUUGGGAUGUCUAUUGUUUCAGUCAGCGUUUCCCUCUGUCGUGUAGGUGCGUGUAAUGUUUUGUACAGAGCUUGUUAGUGCUGUCAGUCGUUGCAGUGGAAGGCGUGACGUAUCCUCAAAGUUUUGCUGGUGUGUGGCUGCUGGUACAUGUUUUGUGUGACUACUACUACUACUACUAUUACUAUUCUGUGUACUUACAAAAUUGUUGUAGUUAUGCCGUGUAAUGUUAAUGGUUCCCGCCGCUGCACCCCGUGUACAGAGGAGGACUGGCGGGGCGCUGUCAUAGUUAGGGAAGGUUUACCUGAAGCUACAAUGAACCUCAGAUUGUAGUAUCUUUGUUAUCAUUCCUCUAGAGGAGAAAACCCUAAUUAGAAAUGACAAAAGUAAAUUAACAUAUAUAAAUAUAUAUAUAUAUUACCUAAGCAUAAGUUGAUCUCCUUAUAAGCUGCUACCUGACUUUUCUCAAAGAAAUUAUAAUUUUUUAAUGUUAUAUAAGUAAGAUCCAGUUUCUAAUGUAGUUUUUAAAAAAUAUAUUGCAAAACUGACACCAUCAAAUGCAUUUAGUGUCCAGUGGGAGUUCAGAUAAUGAUGACUCCCUGCCUGACACUGCCCAGUCUAGUGUUUUGUUUGUCAAGAGUCAAGUUGAGGUGUAAACAAACAAACCCAGGCAAGGAGCGGUGCAUUGCCCGUCAUGGCAGCACUGCAUCCCAGACACAGAGUGGCUGCACCUGGCCUGGGCUGCCCUACACUGUCACAGCUCCUGCCUGAUGUGGGUACCUGGCUUGGCACCACACAGCCACACCACACUCCCACAUGCGUCACCUUCACACCGCCACGAGUCAGGUGUGUUUGGGAAGUGGAAAUGAAGCACAAGUUACAAGUGAUCUUUUUCUUCAGUUUGUUGAGAAAUGGCUUGUUCUGGAGAGAUGGGAGGUGUGGAGUGUUGAUGCUGCUCCUCAAACUGUGAACUGUCUGCCACAGGGACCAUAAGUUGUGUUUAUUUUGGAUUGUCUUGUUUAGAUCAACUUCCAUCACUUUUCUGUGUUAUUAGAUUUCAAGUCACAAAGACCAUUAUAAACUGUAAUGUUACUGUGUGUGUGUGUGUGUGUGUGUGUGUGUGUGUGUGUGUGUGUGUGUGUGUGUGUGUGUGUGUGUGUGUUUGUGAGUUCAAAUUAAUGGUAUAAUACCUUAAAGAAAUUACAUAAAACAUAGAAAAAUGAACCAGUUAAAAAAGAUAAGGGAUGCAGUUAAACCAAUCUGCAGAGCUUUGGCUUGUGAACAGUUAUAGGAAACAUAACUCAAGCAGCUCCUCUGUAAGUCACAAGUUGGUGUGUUAACUGGUGUGUACAUGAUGUGGGGUGCUGAUUGGUUCCUGUGGCAGCCAGUGGGGGGCAGGUCAAGGUUCACAUCAUUCUUCAACAUGGAACAAAUUGGUGGAAAUAACAAGGAAAGAAAUGAAAAGGAGAGAGAACAUUAGGAAGUAACAAGGACAAGAGAAAGGAGAAAUUUAAAAUGUGAACUGAAAGAAAGAAGAAACUGCACAAAUAUUAUUUAUAAACUGUAAUGAUUUGUUGCUUUGUUUGUGUGUGUGUUUAUUUAGCAAGACAGAAAAUGAAGGGAAUUGAAGGGAGUUGUGUGCCAAAAAAAAUUACUAUUGUUGUUACUGUGACCCUGAAUUAAUUGAGUUGCCAAAAUUCUGAGGUUUGCAUUGGUAAUUAUCAGCUCUGGGACAUUACUCUGUUGGAUAUUGUGAUGUUUUGUUUCCAAGUGUACCUUCCCCUCCACCCGACUCCAGUGCACACUUCACCUGUACACGCCAGCCUGUCCUUCAGCAUGCAGUGUGACACAGCAGACUGUUGAGGGUCUUACCUGGCUGAGGGACGGGACUCGGGAGGGAGCGUCUAAAUGUUUACCGCUAAUCCUGCAGUAUUUCAUGACCUUCAAUGUACCUAGUUCAAAAAUUAUAUAAAAAAAAAAAAAAAAAAAAGCAAAACAUAUAUACUAGUACUAUAUGAUAUAUACACAUAUAUAUAUAUAUAUUCACAAAUUUUCACUUAAUUUGCUGGAAUGUAUAAAACACUUGCCGGAUGAGGCAUAUUUUUUCUCCUUCGUAUUUUGAGCCGAGAAAAGUUAUUUUUGAUAGAGCGACAGAGCGCCAGAUAACGCGACACGACAAGUCCCAUUACCUCAGCGACUCACCACUGACGAGAUUCUGUCUCCACAAACUCCACUCUGGGAUAAUAUGCACACACGCACAGUACAAAACACUUUAAAGGAGAAGGCAUAUUAGGAGAAUAAUUGUAUUGUUUAGAACCUUACUCAUUGUGGUCUUUCAGUAGCUAAGUAAUCUUUAGGGUCUAGAAUCAUUCCCACCACCAUCGGUCUAAGGCUUGCUGGACGCCAGUAUUAUUGGUAGGGGGGGCCGCCGUGUCUCCCUCCCGUAGCGUUGCAAAUGAAAUAUUAUAAGAUCCAUUCAAUGUUGAUUUGUAUAUAUAUAUAAAAAUAUAUAUAGUUUAAUAUAAAUGUAAUAUUUCAAGUUUUUAUACAAUUACAUUUUUCUUAUAAAUGUCAUUGAAUAAAUUAUUUGUUUAA